AUGGCUCUGAAGAUGUUCCUGGUCUUCACUGUGUUUCUGCUGCACGCUGCCCUGGGUUUCCCUGUUCCGGAGAACUACGAGAACAGCACAACAACAACAGAACCUACUGAGGUUACUACACAAGAGGAUAUAUAUGAUUCUCCAUUGCCUACAGAGACCGACGCCGAGGAUGAAGUUAUUUUUGACAGAAUUCUGGAAAUCAACAAAGACAGCUCUCAGUUCUUGCAAGAAGGUGACAUAGUUCCCCAAAGGACUCGCAGUGCCAUCAACUGUCGCCGUUGCAACUGGCCCCAGUCCAGUGAUGGGAUUGUUCGUGUUCCCUAUGUCUUGGAUCCUGCUUAUGACGACGGCCAGAUAAAAGGGAUUCAUGAUGCCAUGGCAGAAUUUGAAUCACUGACUUGUAUUAACUUCGUGGCGCGCACGACAGAACGUGACUACCUCAACAUUAAAUCUGGCGAUGGCUGCUGGUCCCACUAUGGGAAAGUUGGAGGUGGACAGACUGUCUCUGUGAUGAAAGGAGGCUGCAUGGCGAAAGGAAUAAUUCAACACGAACUGGACCACGCUCUGGGCUUCUUGCAUGAACAUUCUCGCAGUGACAGGGAUAACCAUGUAAAGAUCAUGUGGGAGUACAUCAGCCCAGCCGACAGAUCAGACUUCAGGAAAUUUGAAAACUCCAAUAACCUGGGUCUUCCAUAUGACUACUCUUCAGUAAUGCACUAUGGCCCAUACACAUUCUCGAAUACCAGUGGGCAAGCAACUAUUGUACCAAUUCCUGAUGGAUCAGUACAUAUCGGACAGAGGCAGGGACUGAGCAACUUGGAUGUGGCCAAAAUCAACAAACUUUACAAUUGCAGUCGCUGCAGCACUGUUCUCGAGGGACCAUCUGGGUCACUGAGCUCUGCCAACUACCCAAGAAAUUACUCAGAUAACACCAACUGCGUCUGGCUCAUCCGAACCCGAGCCAGAAAGAUUACCUUGCACUUUGAAGCCUUUGAGCUGCAGACUACCAGAGGCUGUGAGAGUGAUUACGUUAAAGUUUAUGAUGGACCCAGCAAGUCUUCUCCUGUUCUGAUGGACAAGACCUGUGGAUCAAACAUACCCAAUGAUGUCGUUGGUUCUAGUAAUCUUAUGCUUAUAGAGUUCGUCACAGAUGGUGCUGAUACAGCUUCUGGUUUCCAAGCCACCUAUACUUCUG